GCGAGCGGGCGAGGCAGCGGCAGAGCCCGGCGGCCACCAUGGAGCUGGCGAUGGAGAACCUGGGCAGCCUGCACGGCGUCCCGCACUCGCAGCCCGCCGAGCUGCUGAGCCCCGCGCACGGGCGGCAGAGCUCGCACCGCAACCUGGUGCCGCACGGCCGGCCCGCUAUGGUCUCGGGCAUGGCCUCCAUCCUGGAGGGGGGCGACUACCGCGGCGAGCACAGCCUGGGAGCCCCGCUGCACCCCGCCAUGAGCAUGUCCUGCGAGUCGCCCUCCGGCAUGAGCCUGAGCAGCACCUACACCACGCUGACUCCCCUGCAGCACCUGCCGCCCAUCUCCACCGUCUCGGAGAAGUUCCACCACCCGCACCACCACCACCACCACCACCACCCGCACCAGCGCCUGGCCGGCAACGUCAGCGGCAGCUUCACCCUCAUGCGCGACGAGCGGAGCUUGGCCUCCAUGGGCAACCUCUACAGCCACUACCCCAAGGACAUGCCGGCCAUGGGGCAGCCCCUAUCGCCGCUGCCCAACGGGCUGGGCAGCCUCCACAACGCCCAGCAGCCGCUGGCCCCCUACGGCCCCGCCGGCCACUUGCCCAACGAGAAGAUGCUCUCGCCCAACGGCUUCGACUCGCACGCCGCGAUGCUGUCCCGGGGCGAGGAGCACCUGGCGCGGGGGCUGGCGGCGCCCAGCUCGGCCAUGAUGCCGCCGCUCAACGGGAUGCACCCGCACGGGCACCCGCACGGGCAGCCCGGAGCGUCGCUGCUGGGCGAGAGGGAGCGCCCGGCGCCCGGCCCCGGCUCCCAGCCCGGCGGCUCCGGCCAGGUGGAGGAGAUCAACACCAAGGAAGUGGCUCAGCGGAUCACGGCCGAGCUGAAGCGGUACAGCAUCCCGCAGGCCAUCUUCGCGCAGAGGAUCUUGUGCCGCUCCCAGGGGACCCUCUCGGACCUGCUGCGGAACCCCAAGCCCUGGAGUAAGCUCAAGUCCGGCCGGGAGACUUUCCGCAGGAUGUGGAAAUGGUUGCAGGAGCCGGAAUUUCAGAGGAUGUCGGCGCUCAGACUGGCAGCCUGCAAACGCAAGGAGCAGGAGCAGCAGAAGGACCGGAGCCUGCAGCCCAAGAAGCAGCGCCUGGUCUUCACGGACCUGCAGCGCCGCACCCUGAUCGCCAUCUUCAAGGAGAACAAGCGCCCGUCCAAGGAGAUGCAGAUGACCAUCUCCCAGCAGCUGGGGCUGGAGCUCAACACCGUCAGCAACUUCUUCAUGAACGCCCGCCGGCGCUGCAUGAACCGCUGGCAGGAGGAGCCCGGCGCCACCCCCGGGGUCCCCUCGUCGUCUACAAGCACUUUCUCCAAAGCAUGAUGUCCCCCCGCCCUCCCUGCCCCUUCCUGGAUGUCCCCUCCCCGUGACAAAGCCAACCCCAGACUCACACGCAUGGCCUGACCGGGUGGGUGCUUUUGGGGUGGCUCCCAAACCCUCAGCUGGGUGUCACCCAUGGGCCACCUCCCGCUGCCACCUCUCCUGCUGUCACCUCCCGCUGUCACCUCCUCCUGCCAGCUCGUGCAGCAGGGACAGGGUUUGUGACCAGGCCAGCUCCAUCCUGGGAGGGCUCAGAGCAAACCCGCGGGGAGCCAGGGGAGGUGCGGGAUGGAGAGAGGAGCGAGGCUCUGUUUGGAAGGAUCCCAGAGCCUUGUCCUCCCCUGCCCAUGAGGGAUUUUGGGGCCCAGCCUGGCCUCUUGCCAUCCCUGUGGCUCCCACGGGGUGGGGGGUAGAGCUGGGGUGACACAAGUGCUGUCCCGGGCUGGGCUCUGGCACAGGGCCAGACCUGCCGUGCUCAAGGGGGCUGAGCAGGAAGGUGCUCCCGGUGUGCCUGGAGCUCCCAGCUCUGGCUGCUGGAGGUUUCCCUGCUGAGGUGCGGAGGGUUCCCCCAGGCAGCCAGGCCCUCUGUGCCAGCACCUCACGGCACUGCUGCCCCUUGAGGCUUUUGGAGACCGGGCUGAGGCCAUUCCUGUCCCCCCCAUGGGCAUUUCCUCUGACCCCCCGACACUCCAGCAGCACCCACAGCCCAGCCCCUCACGCACUCACAGCCCAUCCCACGAGAGCCCCCAGAUCCCUCCCAGAGAAGCUCCAGGCAGAGGAUCCCUCCUGCCCCAGGGACCCGAGCGCCCCGUCCCAGGGGACCCCGGCUGCUCCGCCCCGCAGCAGCUCAGAGAAGCACAUUUUAGCCACAGGAAUCGGGUAUUGAAAAAGAACAAUUGUUCCAAAGGAGACGGGAGCAGAGACUCGGAGCGAAGGAUCUGAUCUUUCCUGCUGGCUGGCUCCACCUUUCACCUCUGGAUUUUCUGGUUCACUUUUCGGCUGAGGAAUGGACACAGACAAAGAUUUGUUGGCUUUGCCCCAUCCACCCCUCGACACACACUCUUGUCCCCUCCCAUCCCUCCUCUUCAUCUCUGUUACCAAAGAAAUUACAAAACCAAAAACGCAACAACGACAACAACCAAAAAAAAAAAAAAAAAAAAUUCCCUCCUGGGAACCAACGUCGGUGCACGGUGGGAAAAGAAAAAUCCAAGGGAUCUGGUGGCAAAAUCCAGCCCAGGGUGUGAGAAGGGGGAAAACUCCCCAACGAGAUUGAAAGGGAAGAAAAAACCAACUCGUCCCCCCAAAAAAAGGAAUAACAACAGAAACCACAACCAAACAAGCUCAGCAAA